AUGCUUGCGCAAAAAAAGAAAUUCCUAGGGUCUAGCCCUAAAAUAAUAAAUAAAGCAACCAGGCUUUUCUCUGGUUUAGCGGACCUCGAUUUUGAGCCUGGUUAUAAUAAUCAUAUAUACUUUCAAUAUCUAUCCAAUAAUAAAAAUGAUAUCUCUCUUCUAGGCGCCUAUCAUCCUGAAGAGAUUUAUUUAAAAUAUAUAGUUCGAGUGGCAGAGAAGGGUUUUACAGUUGUCAACCACCCAUCCGAAGUUUAUGGGUUACCCGAUACUCAUGAAUGUAUUGAUGGGAGUCUGCCUCUUCAUCUGGUUCUGAACAUUGAUGCGAGGCAAAAGCCCGAUCUUAUGAACCCUGAACUCUCUUCCUUAGAUAGAUAUAAAAUUUCUCGCGAAGAUUUAUUAUCCAGAAUUUUAAUUGCCUGCGUCAAUAUUAUAAAUACUGAUUUAAAGCAUUUUGCAAUAUUAGGUGCUUUUGUGUUAGUCAGUUCGUCAAAUGAUAAUAAAUGCAGUUGGCAUAUUAUCUAUCCUUAUGCCCGUUUCAUUGACUAUAGAGAUCUUAAGGGUUUUGUAGAAAAAGUCGCUGAUAAGGUUGGAAAACCAUACUCAAAGUUUAUCGAUAUUGGACUUUAUAAAUCUCGCUUUAAAGAUUAUUUAGUUCAACCUAAAUCUAAUUAUUCUGAAAUCUGGCCAUGGACCUUUUCUCCUGAGAAAGAAGAGAAGAAAUUUCAGCCUAUCGAAGAUGAAACCACCUUAAGUAACGGAGCCAGCUUAGUUAUCGCAAAAUAUGGAUGGCUUGAGAUCGGAAAAAUUGGGAAUGGAUUUGUCUACUUUCAAGCCCAAUUAUAUGAAGCAUGUCCUAUUUGUGAAAUCAAACACGAGAAGGAUCAGUUAUAUGGCUUUCUUCGAACAUUUGGAAAAGUGAUCGAAAUUUCUGCAAAACCUAAGAGAGGAAUAGUUGAAAGAAUAGGUGAUGCUAUAUCAAAUCCACGCCCCCUUGUAGAAUUAUCAGAGACAAUGAUUAAUGUAGAAAAAUUAAAGGAUGCUCCAGAAGUAUAUCCCGAUUUCUUGGGUAUUGAGAAAAUGAUAACACUUAUUCGUUCUCCUCCAGGAACAUGGAAAACCACUACAUUAAGAGAGAUUAUUAUGGCAUUGAAAAAUAAGGUAUAUGAUCUCUCUUCUUUGCCAUGUUAUAUCUGGGUUUCUUACCGAAAGUCUAUUAGUAAUGAAUCAAAAACGAAACUUGAUGAGCUAAAAGCAUCUGAUUUUCAAAUUUGCAAUUAUCAAAAUAUACAAGGAGACUUAUCUAUAAAUGAAUGGGAUAUUAUCAUAGUACAGGUUGAGAGUCUUUUCUGUAUCAAGUUUACAGCCCGUCCAUUUGUAGCUAUUCUUGAUGAAGCUAAUACCAUUAUGCGUCAAAUGUCUAGCGAUACAAAUGCACGAUAA